AAUGAAUGAAUGUAAAUGCGCGUGCACCUCUGACGCUCGUGUGUAUUCACAGGGUUCAAAGUACCAGCUCCGUUAAGGACGAAACAGGCUCUUUAAAUCCGCCGUUCUUGGUUUUGGUUCCCAUGUAGUGGAACGAGUUCCCUCCCUCUGUCCCUCUGAGCUGCUGAAUCCCUUCCAAAACGGGUCUCAAAAUGUCUGGAUCUCCAGAGAGAAACAGAAACUUUCUAUCACUUCUGUAUGCAGCUACCCGUGUUCAGCACGCGAGCGAAAGUGGUGGCGUUGGACACACCGACGCUCUUUCGACAUUCAUGCGUCUGUGUCUAAAGCUCUUUGUCUACAGCAAAAUUUUCUUUAUAUCCUUAGUUGACAGAAGCGCCCGAUCAAUGGACAAAAAGAGAUGUGAACGCGCUUCCCUUCGCUCCGGUAAAUCAGUCCGCUAAAGGCCUCCCUCUCUCGGUCAUUCGGAAGAUCCUGCUGACUUUGCUCACUUUUAUUUCACAGUAUUUAGACCGCGUAAAAACGAUUUACAUCUGUGACUAUUACCCCAAUCGUACACAAUUUUUUUGUGCCCAUAUCUGUGCAGACAAGUGAAAAUGUUAACGUGCAAAAAAAUACAAAUAUAUUCAAACGCCUCAUAUUAAUACAUAAAUUCAAUUCCCCGCACGUGUCUUGAGUGCGGUUUUAGCGACCGACUUCCUGAAGCUGACCGUACGUCUGCGACCGCACCUCGCCUUUCAUUUCUGCCCUCGGGUUCCUGUAAUUUACGUUUUUAUUUAUUUUUUUUCCCUCGCAACCAAAGAGACUUCUCUCUGUGGAAACAUGUGGUACGACCACCGUAACAACUGCAAAUGUGGUCUUCGCCCUCCCUCGCUCUUGCAAGGGGUAACCCCUUCAAGGCCCAGACACACACACACACACACACACACACACACACACACGCAGAGUAAAUGGCCCCAGCUGUUUCUGCUUCAUUCUGGAAUUUUCGGCCUGCCCCGAUGGCCCGGACUUGCGCUUCCUAACUGGUUGUGUGCGGGGGAGGGUUCGCGGGGUGGGGGGGCUCGACUUUAGGACCAGCGAGUGGCGGCGACUUCGGGAAGGAGUGUUUUUCAAGCGAAGCGUGGGAACGAAAGUGAUCCCCAGAGCGGCGGUGGCGGGGCUCGAACCCUGCCUUUCCUCAGAAGGCGGACGCGCCGCUUCCCACUCGUUCGCUUGACUUGUGGAGGAGAAGUGGGAGAAGAAGGAAAGAACGAGAAAAGGGGCAUUCUUCCUCCUCGGCUCGGCUCGGCUCGGCUCGGCGGCAAUGCGCGACGGCAUCUGAGGAGGCUUCCUCCGGGCGCGCAGGCAUGUACCUCUCAGGGAGCGAGGAGUCGGAUGUGGGUUCGGCGGACUCCUACACCAGCCGUCCAUCAGACUCGGAUGUUUCCCUGGAGGAAGACAAGGAGGCCUUGCGUAGAGAGGCGGAAAGGCAGGCCCAGGCGCAGCUGGAGAAAGCUAAGACUAAACCGGUCGCAUUCGCCGUUCGCACCAACGUCAGCUACAGCGCCACCCAGGACGAUGACGUUCCUGUCCCGGGCAUGGCGAUCUCCUUCGAGGCCAAAGACUUUCUUCACGUCAAAGAGAAAUAUAACAAUGACUGGUGGAUAGGACGACUGGUGAAGGAGGGCUGUGAGAUCGGCUUCAUCCCCAGCCCCGUGAAGCUGGAGAAUUCCCGCAUGCACCAUGAGCAGCGAGCCAAACAGGGCAAGUUCCACUCCAGUAAAUCGGGAGCAAACUCAUCCUCCAGUUUAGGUGACCUUGCUCCAAACUCCAGGAAGUCAACUCCUCCUUCCUCUGCCAUUGACAUAGAUGCCACGGGGUCAGACCCGGACGACAAUGAGCUCCCGGUCAGCCAGCGCUCCCCUAAGGCCAGCCCAAACAGUGUCAUGUCUCCCCUAGCAAAAGAGAAACGAAUGCCCUUUUUUAAGAAGACGGAACACGUCCCUCCGUACGACGUUGUGCCUUCGAUGCGUCCGGUGGUGCUUGUGGGACCUUCGUUGAAGGGCUACGAGGUAACAGACAUGAUGCAAAAAGCACUCUUUGACUUUUUAAAACACAGAUUUGAGGGAAGAAUAUCCAUCACCCGGGUGACGGCUGACAUCUCGCUGGCCAAGCGGUCAGUUCUGAACAACCCAAGCAAACACGCCAUCAUUGAGCGUUCAAACACCCGUUCCAACCUGGCUGAAGUGCAGAGUGAGAUCGAGCGCAUCUUUGAGCUGGCGCGGACCCUGCAGCUAGUGGUGCUGGACGCCGACACCAUCAACCACCCGGCGCAGCUGGGCAAGACCUCCCUGGCACCCAUCAUCGUCUACAUCAAGAUUUCCUCGCCCAAGGUCCUGCAGAGACUCAUCAAGUCGCGGGGGAAGUCUCAGUCGAAGCACUUGAACGUCCAGAUGGUGGCAGCGGACAAGCUGGCGCAGUGCCCGCCCGAGAUGUUUGACAUCAUCCUGGAUGAGAACCAGCUGGAGGACGCGUGCGAACACAUGGCCGAAUACCUGGAGGCCUACUGGAAGUCGACCCACCCGCCCAGCUCCAGCCCCAGCCCACCCAACCCGCUGGCAGCCAAGCUGGUCGCAGGCGCCCUGCCCGCCAGCCCUGCUCCCAUCACCAGUGUGCAGGGCUCCGGGGGCGAGCAGAGGUCUGACAAGUCCGGCGGGGAGAGGAAAGGUUCUCGAGAGGAGCAGCGAGAGGCGGAGGGAGAAAGCGACAGGCCUCAGGCGACGGAGUCGUCCCGGCGGUCCCAGCACGCGCACCACCGCUCCUCGUCUACCCGGACAGACCACCACCACCACCACCACCAUCACCAUCGGAGCAGCAGCAGCAAGUCCGCCCGGGGCCUGUCCCGCCAGGAGACCUUGGACUCGGAGACGCAGGAGAGCCGGGACUCGGCCUACAUCGAGCCCCGCGAGGAGCUGCUGGAGGAGGAGGAGGAAGGGGAGCGCGGGGAGACGGGGGCGGAGCCGGGGAUGGGGGCGGAGCCAGCCUCUCACCGUGAGCACAACCACCACCACCACCACCAUCAUCACCAUCACCAUCACCGUGGCGACGAGGCCCACGGGGCGUCGCGGAACAAGGACCACGAGCAGGACCACAACGAGCGCAACCGGCAGCGAGGUCACCACGGCCGACCGUCCCGGGAGCACCACCACCACCACUAUUACGACCGGGACCGCGAGCGGGAUCGGGAGCGCGAAGGCGAGGCGCCCUCCAGAAAGCGGGGGGACAAUGGCGAGUGGACCAGGGACGCUUACAUCCAAUAGCGCCGGAGCGACUGGUGUUCGCAGCCCUUGCUCCCACACCCUGGCGACCCACCAUGGGGAUUCCGGGACCCCGGACACGCGCGUGUCCCAGCGCACGCAACUGCGGCGGGGUGGUACGCGGCUGCGUCCGUGUACUGUACGCGCACUCGUUCGCAAACAUACACACACACCCCGAUGUUCACAAGUAUACGUAUUUUAACUGUGUGACGUGCAUGGCACAACGGCAGCAUCCUGUGCUGUGUUUGGUUAUGGAAAAACAUAUACACGUCAUUUUACGGUUAAAUGUGAAUCCCGAACCGCAAGGAAUAUAUUUCUAAUAUAUGUCGAAAUAUGCAGCACAUCGCGCAAAAAGCAUAUACAUCAUCACCCAUUUCACGUAUGCAAUUAUGUGCAUUCGUUUUGGAAUGUUUUUUUUACGAAAUAUGUGAUUUUUGAGUGGGUACAGUAGAAUAUGCAUAAAAUGACAUAUUUGGUUGGGGAGGGGGGGGCCCGCAAACAGCCGGCGGACGUUAAACGAAACUGCAGUUUAUUGCGACGUGUGUUUAAGAAGACGCUCGAUAUUUUUGGAUUUUUUUCGUUCGUUUUUGAGCUGCCGCUUGAGCGACGGCGUUGCCAUCGCACUACUGUUUAAACGAAAGGUGGGAAGCUGACGCCGUCGAGGACCGGGAUGUCCAACGUGCGGCCCACAGGAGCAUUUGUACAACAUACACUACACAUAAAAUAUAGAAAAAUAUAUUCUAUAUGUACCAUAAAUACUAUAGGUUCUAUUGAAUCCCAUAAUAAUACAGUUAUAGUUACACACCCCUGAACACACACUGCACUGAAAAAAAAUAAAAAAAUUUUUUUUUUACUGUAUUUAAUUUUUUUUAAUUAUGAAAUAUGGUAAAACAGAAAUAGAAUAAUUUUUUCGGUGUAAACAUUUGAACGAAUACUUUUCAACAGAUACUGUUAGACAUUAGUACGUCGCUUACUGUGAUUUUUACACACGUGGCCCUUGGACACCCCGGUUUAGGAGGCUUUAAGCGGCUCCGGGGGGCGAGCUCGUUUCACCGUGGGUUCGAGUUCUGCAGUUCUAUUAUACUGCGUUCUAAUUUUUAGUUUGCAGAAUCUUUUUUUUAUUCUUAUUCUUGAGGUUUCUUAUUUGGAACCGAGUUGCGAGGUUUUCCUGGGGCCCGUAAUAGCCUCGGACGCCCUCUCUGGGGCAUUCUGUGGUCUAGCCUUACUGAAGACGGGGGGAAAAGUAACAGCACUGUCUUACGCCACUCAUGGUGAGAUCCACUUUUUUUUAAUUUUUUUUUUUUUUUAAAGUUAACGUGCACACAUGAAUGUUCACCCCUCUCCGUACCCACCUUUGGAGUCGAGUGCGUCAGGCCUGUUCCUCGCUCUCGUUUUAUACGUCUGAUGUGGUCGGGCCCGAUGGCGUCGAGCCGCGCCGCGUGUCUCCCGAGACAGUCCUUUCCGAGUUUGGCCCCCCUUUCCAGAAGCUUCUGGGAAGCCCCAGUCCGGGGGGGGGGGGGUGAGAAGUUGGGGCUGAAUUACGGUUAGAGAACUCUUCUGUACACAGAUGGAGACCCAUCAGAAUAUCCUCUUAUGGUCAGGACCGGUCACAGCGGUCAUGGGUAAAAUGCAUUGAAAAAGGCUUACACUGGUAUUUUGUUUUUGACAGCUCGCUUCGAACCUUGCAUAUGGUCCAGCAGGACGACUUUUCGUUUCACUUCCACUGCACAAAAUCAACUGGAUGUUAAGCUACACUGUUUUAUAUAUGCAAGGGCAAACGCGCAUAGACCUGUUUCUUAUCGUCUUUAUUUUUUUACAUUGGGAACUGCGGUUCUACUUUCCUACUCGCGUUUACAGAUCCUGUUUAUAGCAUCUCUCUCUCUCUCUCUCUCUUUCUCGACUUUUCUUCGUGGAGAAAAAAACAAACAAGAAAAACAACAACAACGACGCCUGUGCUGGGUACUGUACACAUUUGUUUGUGCAAAAGCUUCUUUUUUUUUUUGAUCGGUUUAUAAGCAUUUGUAUAUAUCUCAUGAUUGCCUUUGUAGAGAAACUAUAGGAAAUGUUGCACUGUAAACUGAU